ACGGGCUCCCGCGGCCGGAGCAUGCGCGGGGCCGCCCCAGUUGUUCCGCCGCCUCCGCUUCCCUCAUAGCGGCGCCGCUGGGACCUGCGGGAGCUGUUGCCGUUGCCGCCGCCGCCCCCGUGUGCUGAGGCCCCUCCGCGAACUGCGGCCGCCGCCUGGGCGAGUGAGAUUACAUCAAAAUGUCUCUUUACCCUUCCCUGGAAGAUCUGAAGGUGGAUAAAGUUAUUCAGGCUCAGACUGCCUAUUCUUCAAACCCAGCUAAUCCAGUGAUCUUGUCGGAAGCCUCUGCCCCUGUUCCUCAUGACGGAGGUUUAUAUCCAAGACUGUAUCCAGAACUUUCUCAGUACAUGGGACUGAGCCUCAAUGAAGAAGAGGUGCAGAGAAACUUGCCAAUGGCAGCAGCUGCUCAGUCACAGGGUCAACUGGUAACUCGACCUUCUACUAAUUACAUGGUAGCUCCAGUGACUGGAAAUGAUAUUGGAAUUUGCCGAGCAGAAAUUAAGCAAGGCAUUCGGGAAGCAAUUUUGUGUAAGGACCAAGAUGGCAAAAUUGGACUUCGCCUUAAGUCUGUUGACAAUGGUAUAUUUGUCCAGUUAGUACAGGCAAACUCUCCAGCGUCUCUAGCUGGUCUGCGAUUUGGGGACCAAGUUCUGCAGAUCAAUGGUGAAAACUGUGCAGGAUGGAGUUCUGAUAAAGCACAUAAAGUUCUGAAACAGGCUUCUGGAGAGAGAAUUUCAGUGAUCAUUCGGGACAGGCCUUUUGAACGAAUUAUUACUAUGCAUAAAGACAGUACAGGGCAUGUUGGUUUCAUAUUCAAGAAUGGAAAAAUAACCUCAAUAGUGAAAGACAGUUCUGCUGCAAGAAAUGGACUUCUUACAGAGCACAACAUCUGUGAAAUUAAUGGCCAAAAUGUAAUUGGAUUGAAGGACCCCCAGAUAGCAGACAUUUUGGCAACAGCUGGGAAUGUAGUGACCAUUACAAUCAUGCCUUCCAGUAUUUAUGAGUAUAUAAUAAAGAGGAUGGCAACUAGCAUUAUGAAAAGUCUGAUGGAUCACUCAGUUCCUGAAGUCUGAACUCUGGGGGGGCGUGUGUAUAUAUAUAAUGAGAAUUCCACUAAACUUGGGCUAUUAUACUCAGUGAUUUCUUUCUUCUGCACAUGAGCCUUUCUGGAGGCCCAGAGAAGAUAUGCUGCAUCAAGCAUUUGCAUCUGUUAUGGCUGGGAAUGUUCAACAUAUUAUCUUGUUCAUUCACAAACUGUAAAACUUGUAGCCUUAUGUUUGACAAAUGUGAAAUUCCAGCUGUGUUAUGACUUCUUUUAAUAGGUCUCUUAGUUUACUACUACUACUAUAAGCCAUUGCAACGAAAGGAACCAGGUAUCACUUGCAAAGUUGCGUAUUGUUACCCACAACCUAGAACAAUACUGUGCUUUGUAUGUUUCAAACAAAAUGAGUAUUUUUACUGCUUUGCAAGAGUAGAUUUGAAAUAGCAUAUUAGAAAUCUGGCUGUACUAGCUUGUUUUUGUUCUAGUAGAUUCUGUUUGUACAAGAAUACCAGCUAAGCUGAAUAUAGCUAAUGACAUUCAGUAAGUAAGCAUACUAAAAGUAGUGUACAGAUAUACUCAAAUCUUUUUAUUACUUGUUAUACAAAUUGUAAUUAAUAUGCUUAAUCUCUUGCCUUAACCAUGUUCUUGAGGAUUCAGAAAUAACCAAAUAAAAGACUGAAACUCUA